CAAUACUUACCUGUAGGUCAUGAUGAAGCUGCUCCUUUCUCUGACUCUCAUCUGGGCUCUCUCCAAUACAGCUGGAGCACUUGACUGUGAAACAUGCACUGAUCAGUCGUGUUCGAGCAUCAUGGUACAAACAUGUCCCUCAGGGACGAUGUGUGUGACAGCUGCCAUACAAGUUAUUGGAACUGGUGGUCAAUACCCACAAACCGUCAAGGCGUGUGCACCUACCUCUAUAUGUCCAGUGACGGGCAACCAGACCUUUUCAGUCAACUUGGGUAUGACAGCUGCACUUGUAUCUGCUUCAUGCUGUAACAAGGAUAACUGCAACUCAGCCAAUCUAACUUACCCUGUUUUACCAGAAGCUAACAGCCUACAGUGCUACACUUGUCAGCCCAUGACCUUUGAUUGUUCCGUCCCAACACAGUGUACGGGCACGCAGGAUCAUUGCAUUGCAGUAGAUGUGUCAAUUGGGUCAACCACAUAUCCUGCUUAUGGCUGUGCAUCUGCAAACCUGCUGGAAGCGGCUGGUGGCCUGGAAAGCCUAUCUACUGUCAUGGAGUUGAAUGUUAAUAUUACAAGUCAACCAACUUCUUGUAACACCACUUUAUGUAAUAAGCUUCCUGCCCUGAACACGACAACUGUUGCCCCGACAGCGACUACCGAUGAUGCCUGUUGUAUCAGACUGGGAAUGAUAAAUCUUCUAAUCGGACUCCUUAUCUUUACUUUUUAUUAGAACAAAGAAAAGGAAUGGACAAGGAACCCUUGGAUAUAACAAAGAAUAUCUGUAUGGAAAGCAUCUUUAGUUAGUAGUGAAAAGGGCUCCAAAAGACAUAUUUAGGGAAAUUAAGGGGGGUGGAGUCAAUGCAAAACAUAUUGUUCAAAAUAUUUUACAGCUAUAGUUUACUUGGUAUUGGGAUCUUAUUUAUAUGACUUACAUACUUAAAGUGCACCCAAUUACAUUUUUGUAUUCACUCUUUUAAAUUACGGUAAUUUAUCAGCUGCUUUGUCACCACAGAGGAGAGAGUGGGAAGAACACCUGAAUAUAGACCUUUUCAUUGUAUACAAACAUUCCAAGUGUAGCGAGAAUGUGUGCGCAGUUUAAUUGGGGUCAGAAAACGAAGCAAAGAGCAUGUACGUCCACGGUCCUCCACUGAAUAAUUCGGAAUAUAUUAUUUCGUUGCCGAUUAAGGACCGCAAACAAUAUCUUAGUAUUGUUUAGGUAUUAGUACCUGCUCGGGCGAGGUUCUAAAAGCGUGCUGAGUAGGUAUUAUGCAAAGAUUGGUCACUGACUGGCCAGAGUGCUGUCACAGGAAGAGACGUCCCACACACAAAUCAAGCCGAACAGCGCCGAACUGUAGAAAAGUUAAAACUACUUAACAAUCCUAAAAACGUGGGUUAAUCUCCAACAACUACCAGGAGUCUGGUGUAAAGUCACUAGUCACUCACGUGUGUGUGUGUGUGUGUGUGUGUGUGACGUAUAAAACAAGUCACCGCAGUUUCACGCAGCCGUGCAGUGAUGACUCCGUCCAAGUAGGUACUACUACUACUACUACUACUACUACUACUAUUUGUAGUGGAGAUAAAGCUAGCCCAUACACGCGAGAAAUUAUAUGCCCAUAUAAGUCUUACAAAGAAUUUUUACUUUUCAGCGCGCUAGCUGGCCGCCAGCUAACUACAAGCUAGCUACGUUCAAAACCACAACAUGACUUUAGGCAGCAUAGGUUUCAUAUGUGCAUUGACACACACAUUUCUGUGAAAUCCAGGCUUUUCAGCGUAAUCUAACAGAAAGAGCCGGUAAAUGAUAACUUACCAGAAAUGAAGUGAGCACUACAAACAUGAGCCUCUUUGACUGCAGUAGCAUCAUCACAGUCUUCUCUUUUUAAUGCUUGUAGCCACGGACGACAUCUAUUUUUUUGAAAAGGAUGAGAUCCUGUAGGGAUUCUGAAGAACUUGACACCAUUGCUGGUUCUAUUUUCACAGCCAACUACGCUACAAGUAGGCAUUUUAUGUGUUAGAUUGCUGUACGAGUUAAUGGUAGGCUACUAGUUUGUUUUCUGACCCCAAACUGGGAACGCACAUUUCUGUGACAUAGCUCUCGAAAGGGUCUA